AUCUUCUAAGUGCCUAAUUCCUCAAGCUAUGUUGUGGCCAAUCACUCUUUUAACUUUAUCUCUCUUGUUAGGACAAUCAUGUUGUGCAACCGACACGCUGCUGCAGGGACAGUACUUGAAACAUGGGCAAGAGCUCGUUUCAGCUUUCAACAUCUUCAAGCUCAAGUUUUUCAGCUUCGAGAACUCAAGCAACCUGUAUCUUGGAAUCUGGUACAACGAUUUGUAUCUCAAUGGUAACAAGCAGUAUGCUCAUAUCCAGGACAGAGCUGUCUGGAUUGCUAACCGCAACAAUCCAAUCCCAGGACGUUCUGGAAGCCUCACUGUUGACUCACUCGGCAGAUUGAAGAUCUUAAGAGGAGCUUCAAAAAGCCUGCUUGAGAUAACUUCCACGGAAACCACUGGAAACACGACCCUUAAGCUGUUGGAUACAGGAAAUCUUCAGCUUCAGGAGAUGGACUCUGAUGGAUCGGUGAGGAGGGUUUUGUGGCAAAGUUUUGAUUAUCCGACGGAUACCUUUCUCCCUGGAAUGAAGCUUGGUUUCAAUGUCAAGACUGGAAAGAGAUGGGAGCUGACGUCAUGGCUAGGUGAUACUUUACCUGCUUCUGGAUCUUUUGUCUUUGGAAUGGAUGCGAAUAUUACAAACCGGUUAAUCAUAUUGUGGCGUGGAAACAUGUAUUGGGCAAGUGGGCUUUGGUUUAAGGAUCGGUUCUCCUUGGAGGAAUUUAACAGUGAGUUCGUCUUCUCUUAUGUUUCAACCGAGAGUGAACACUAUUUUAUGUUUUCGGUUGAUCGCCACUAUGGGGAUACAGUAUUCCCCACGAUAACGAUAGACCAACAGGGCAUUUUGCAUAUUAACAGGCUUGAUAGAGAGGUCACUCAUGUCCGCUGCUCUCCUUUCACCAUCGGUGACGAGGUUGAUAAUGAAUGUUAUAGGAGAGAUCCAAGGGGGUGUUUGAACGCAGGUUGCAUAGUCCCGGAUAUGCCAUCUGGGUUCAGGAACUGUUCGCCCUAUGGGUAUACCUAUUUCCGGGAGACAGUAUCAGCUUUUUCAGGCAAUGGGUUUGUACUUGAUGAGACUGGUGGAAGGCUCAGUUCAGCUGAUUGCCGUGUUAUGUGUCUGCAAAACUGUUCUUGUCUUGCAUAUGCUUCAACCAAUGGGGAUGGUACGGGUUGCGAGAUCUGGAAUAUUGACCCUUCCAACAAAAGGUCGGCUUCUCACCGUCCCAGAACAAUAUAUAUUCUCGUAAAAGGAUAUGGGGUACAUCAGCCGAACGAAAAGGCGGCGACUUGGCUAGUUGUUGUGGCAUCACUGUUCCUAAUGAUACCUGUAACUUGGUUCAUCAUCUAUCUUAUUCUGAGGAAAUUUAAAGUAAAAGUAAGUGUCAUAUUUCGUGGAAUGUUCUACUUCUUAUGGGGGGAAGUCAUUCCGCAAAUGAUUGGUUGCAUAAGGAGGAGGGUUCAAACACCGAGGGUUGGUUCAACAAUAGACCAAGAAAUGCUACUACGUGAACUGGGAAUUGAUAGGAGAGGCCGCCGGCACAGGAGAAGUGCAAGGAAGAGUAAUCAUAAUGAUCUUCAGAUUUUUAGUUUUGAAACCGUAGCCUUGGCAACAGAUUACUUCUCCGAUGCAAACAAGCUUGGUGAAGGUGGUUUUGGUCCUGUAUAUAAGGGGAGGUUAUUAGAUGGGGAAGAAGUUGCUAUCAAGAGACUAUCAAUAGCAUCAGGGCAAGGAUUAGUUGAGUUCAAGAACGAAGCUAUGCUUAUUGCCAAACUUCAACACACAAAUCUUGUUCAGCUGAUAGGAUGCUGCAUCGAGAAGGACGAGAAAAUGUUGAUCUACGAAUACAUGCCCAACAAGAGCCUUGACUACUUCCUCUUCGACCCAUUGAGGAAAAACGUUCUUGAUUGGACUCUACGGUUCAUGAUCAUGGAAGGGAUAGUUCAAGGUCUUUUGUACCUUCACAAGUACUCAAGAUUGAAAGUCAUACACAGAGACAUCAAAGCCAGCAACAUAUUACUAGACGAGGAUAUGAAUCCCAAAAUAUCUGAUUUUGGUAUGGCUCGGAUAUUUGGAGCACAAGAAUCCAGAGCCAACACCAAAAGAGUUGCUGGCACAUUUGGCUAUAUGUCUCCAGAGUACUUCAGAGAAGGACUAUUCUCGGCUAAAUCAGAUGUGUUCAGUUUCGGUGUUCUGAUGCUCGAAAUCAUUUGUGGAAGGAAGAACAACAGUUUCCACCAUGACUCAGAAGGGCCUCUGAAUCUCAUAGUUCAUGCGUGGAAUCUGUUUAAAGAGAACCGAAUUAGAGAGGUGAUAGAUCAGUCUUUGGGAGAUUCUGCACUUGACAGCCCUCAAGUGUUGAGAUGCGUUCAAGUUGCUCUCUUGUGUGUACAGCAAAACGCAGAGGAUAGACCAAGUAUGUUAGAUGUUGUGUCCAUGAUUUAUGGAGAAGGCAAUAAUGCUCUUACUUCGCCUAAAGAGCCAGCUUUCUAUGAUGGUCCCCGGAGAAGCUCGCCGGAAAUUGAUAUUGAGACACCGGAGCCAGAAAAUGUAUCGGCAAAUAGGGUUACUAUCACAGUGAUGGACCCAAGGUGA